UUACGCUAGAGCUCAAACUUCCUCAUUUCACUGUGCCGUGAGUUUAACACUCAAAAUCUAACUCAACUAGUUACUCUAGUGACUCCGAAUUGCGCGUGGAAAAACUGAAAUUAAUGCACACGAACGCGCACAUACAUUUUCGUGAUAUUUGAGAGCAAAUCGUGAAAUUAGUGUUGGAAAAUGUGUAAAAAACGUGCGGCAGCAGCGUUUCUGCUGUUAGUGCUGACCAUCAUUGGCAGUUAUACCACACAGGGYGAGCAACAUCCAGCGACGGCGGAUGAAGGUCCGCUAUCGGAGGUUCAAACAGCCGUGGGGCUGGAGGUGGCGCUGCCAUGUGACCUAUUGCCGGGCGCCAUGACGGCUGAUAAGGUGCAACUGGUCAUCUGGUAUCGGCAGGGCAACGUCAAGCCAAUUUAUACCUUUGAUGCGCGCGGUCGUCCACUACAUCAGGCCAUACCCUGGGCGGACGAGAAUGUCUUCAAGAACAAGGCGCACUUCUACUAUGACACAAAUCCGCCGGCGCUGCGCAUUAAGAACAUACAACUCAGCGAUGCGGGCCUCUAUAAGUGUCGCGUGGACUUUCAUAAAUCACCGACGCGCAAUUGGCGCAUUAAUGUGACAGUCUUAGUGCCGCCCACACGCUUAACAAUACUGGAUCACAAUGGCGCUGAAAUACGCGACCAAUUGGCCGGUCCCUACUUGGAGGGCGACAGCGUUAAUCUGACGUGCCUGUCCAGCGGUGGUGUGCCGCCGCCGCGCGUCUCCUGGUGGCGCGAACACGCGCUCGUCGACGACUCCUUCCAUGUGCAGCCAGAUGGCACCGUUCGCAAUAUACUACACUUGAAAAAUAUCGCACGGAAGGAUUUACUAACGGUUUACACGUGCCAAGCGAGUAACGGACACGUUGUGGCGGCUCUGACGAGGAAAGUUGUGCUGGACAUGAACUUACCGCCACUAAGUCUGCUGCUGCAAGGUCUAAAUCACGCGCUCAUCGCUGGCACGCGCACACAUGUGACCUGCACCGCGGUCGGCGCACGACCAGCGCCACAAAUUGUGUGGAAAAAAUCGGGACAAAUACUCAAGGGAGCAACACAGUCGACUUCCAGCGAUGGCAACACCACCGUCUCCGAGCUGAUGCUUAUACCGGUGCCCGAGGACAACGAGCGUCAAGUAGUCUGCUCCAUUUCAUUAAAUCCAUCUAUAACGUCGCAGCAGCUGCACGAGGGCGAUACGACCGUGUUGACGGCGCAAAGCAAUGGCAAUAUGGGAUUGUAUUUGAAGGAUUCGCGCGUGCUGAAUGUGACACAUGCACCCAUUGUCUCGCUGCGCUUGGGCGCACCUCUGGAUCCGAACAACCUGCUGAAGGGCUCCGAUGUCUACUUGGAUUGCGAUGUAAARGCGAAUCCGGGCAUAACCCGGGUCGAGUGGUAUCACAAUGACAAACAGCUGCAUCUCUCACGCGGCGUUAUUAUCUCCAAUCAGACGCUCGUGCUGCAAGGAAUCUCGAAAAUAUCACACGGCCAGUACUUCUGUCGUGCCACAAAUAUACAAGGGAGCGUGUCCAGCAAUGAAGUCUAUUUGGAUGUGAAAUAUCCGCCCGUAUGCAAAGCCGAGUCGACGACCAUACGCGCCGCCCUCAAGCAGACCAUCAACAUUACGUGUCAAGUGGACUCGAAUCCACUUGAUAAUCUAAAUUACAGAUGGCAUUUCAACAAUUCACUAGAGAGGCUCAUCGAAUUGCCCGCAACGUUGGCGACGGCGCCGGCCRCUAUGCCGCUACUGCUGUAUCCGGAUGUUGGUGGUGCAGCUGGAGGGCACACAUCCGGCGGAUAUUAUCAGCGUAGCAAGCGGAAGCAUGGUCAUGCGCAAAAAUUUCUACUCGGCCGGCAUGGACGUGUUGCGGCGGCCGCCAGUGUAUUGGGCAGCGGCAACGUCGCCGGAAGCGCAUGGUCCAACAUUCGUUUCGAAGAUGUCGACGAACAGCAAAUGCCGCCCCACCAAUAUGUCGAUGAGUAYGAUGAUGGUGAAUUUAUAGAAAACACUAACAACAACAACGAYRAUGAGGAGGAUGCGGAGCUYGGCGACGAUGYGRUYGCAAGCGUGCCCCGCACCCAAAUGGUUUAUUCGAAUAUGAUUUAUAAAAAUCAUUUAGAUAACCGACAACAACAGCAACAACUGCUGCAGCCGCAACACGCACAGCACACACAUCCACAACAACAGCAACAGCAGCAAUUUUUGGCGCACCAACAUCAGCAACAAGGCCGCAUGGCUGGCGGCAUCGGCGGUGGUGGUGGGCUGCUGGGUGGCGGCGCUCAUGACAUGCUCCCACAUGGCAAUCAAUUUCAGUUGGCCGAACGCAAACGACUCACGGCAGCGCUGCACAAAAAACAACAUCAUCGUCCAAUGGCCGGUGUGUCGAUGACCACGCAGCCACCAGCGGCGCCACCGCUGAACAACAUCUACAGCUACCACAUUGAUUCGUACGAUAGUUUCGGCGCGAUCUCGUGCGUGGCCAGCAAUGCGAUGGGCCACAGCGAGCCCUGUUGGUAUCACAUACAGCCGGCAGACUUUCCCGACCCGGUGAAGAACUGCACGGCCUACAAUGCCACCGCCAACUCCAUACAAAUACAGUGCAUCGCCGGCUAUGACGGCGGCAUACCGCAGCACUUUCACGUGCAAAUCAAGGACGAACUCACCAAUCAAAUACUCUACAACACUUCCUACAAGUACGCUGAGUUCACCGUCAAGCGACUGCCGAGCGAUUCGGUCUUCGUGAUACGCGUAACGGCCGUGAACGCGCAAGGACCGAGCAAAGUGUCAUACCGCGUGCGCGGACGUACACUCUCCGCACCGCUGCUACGCACGGCCUCCUCCACCGCUGUGUUGGUGCAGCUGACACCGCUGCUCGGCGCUUUGCUGGGCAUUGUCGCCACAGUCGUGUUGAUCGCUAUCUGCAUUGUGAUUUUCCUACGUGUACGCCCGAAGGCGACGCGUCGCCCGAACGGUGAUACCACCACCACGGAGGCGGAUAAGGGUAGCGCCGAGCCGCUGUCGCGUAACAUGGGCAGCCAUUCGAGUUUGGAGGACAAAAAUCCCGAUGUUGUGCCGCAGGAGACUAACAGCGAGGAYGAGUUUCACUUGGAGGAGAAGGCGUUCGAUCGGCUGAACAUYGAGUCGCAGCGCAUACUGUACACGCCACCGACGCGCAUUAAUACGGCGUCGCCGCCACCGCCUUCGCUGUCGCCCACAUUCGGCAAGCAGUAUGGCGAACUCUCGCUCACCACCAAUCCCGCCUUCAGCCUCUACAACACGCCGCAGCGCGCGCCCGCCGCUCAACGCCCCGUCUACACYGCACCACCGCCGCUGCUGUCCACACGCACGCCACCCAACAUCUACACACGCAUACCCGGCCGCUCCUACCUGCCCGCCUACGARACGCGCACCUCACCCACCUCGCCCUACGGCUCGACCACCACCUGCACCAUACCGCUGCUYAGCGGCCAAUCCAACGGCUCUCUACAAACGAACAGCAGCACGCUGGGCAGCACUUCAGGCGGCGUCGGCACCGGCGGCAUGGGCGGUGGCAGUCUCACCAGCAACGCCAGCAGCGGCAUGCAUUGCAACACCUUGCCACAUCCGGGCGCUUUGCAGCAUCACGCCUCGGCGGCCGCAGCUGCCGCRGCGGUGGCAUCCAUGACGACAAAUGGCAUGCCCUCGGCGCUCACCUCAUCGAUGACAUCGGGGAAUAUUAGCAUGGCCGCAACGCAGUCGCUGCUYACAUCGCCGCGCACACAUAACGGCGCCGGCGUAGGGGGAGCUGGUGGCGGCUCACUCGGCGGCAUGAGCAUGGGCAUGUCAGCGGCUACAGCAGCGGCAGCGACGGGCGGCAUGCCGUUACUCAACUCAUCGUCCGCGUUGCUGGGCAGCGGCAACUAUGAGACAGUGGCCUCCUGAGAAUUACCGAAAGAUGACAUUAAGUGUCAAUUUGUAUGCAUUGGGGGGAGUAGUACGUGUACGAGCAACGCGGAGCGCACCACRAUCGUCUAGUGAGGCGUGGGUGCACCAAUGGAGAWGCGUAAGCGGUGGAGAAAAUGCCGUCAUGCGCGCAUUGUGUAAAUUACUUGUAAUUUAAAUACAUACUUAGCAAUAAGGCAGCUGAAGCAGGUUCACUGGUGGCAAA